AUGUCUUUAAGCUUUGGGAUUUUGAGCUUUGGGAAGGACAAGUACAAGUUACCGAGAAGCCGAAAAACACCUCAAGCUGAAAAAAUAUGCCUUGUGUAUGUUUCGGAAGUGGACGGUACCGGACAUUCAGACGAAACACGCCUCGUGUGUGUCUCCAGGAGAACGGUCAAUACGGGCUCCUUUACUCAA